AUGUGCCACGAGUUUUCUCGCCUUAAAUGGUUGUGUGCCAAGAGGGAAACAAAGGCAGGUCAGAUCGAACUGAAAUCAUACAGCCAGCACCCGGGAAACAGUGUAAGGGCAUCGAUGAGCGGUGAAGAGGGUGAGGCUUUCGCAAAUAAGGAGUUAACUACUCAAGUCUUCCAAAGACUGGCUUCCAAGCUGGAAAAUCGGGUAUGUUUUGAUUGCGGUAACAAGAACCCGACUUGGACGUCGGUGCCGUUCGGUGUAAUGCUUUGCAUUCAGUGCUCAGCGGUUCACAGAAAUUUGGGUGUUCACAUUACUUUCGUCAAGUCUUCGAAUCUGGAUAAGUGGACAGUCAACAAUUUGAGAAGAUUUAAGCUUGGUGGUAACCACAAAGCUCGUGAUUACUUUCUGAAGAACAAUGGUCAACAGUAUUUAAAUACGUCGAACGUGGAUGCGCGUGUCAAAUAUACUAGCAGCGUUGCGAAGCGCUACAAGGAGCAUCUGGAUAAGAGAGUGAAGAAGGAUAGCGAGCUCUAUCCAUCGGAACUGGUUCUUUUGGAGGAUGAUUUAGAGAACGGAAGCUCGACUGACCCAUCUUCGUUGGGCGGAUCGAAAGAAAACAGUGUAGAAGACUUUUUCUCGACUUUUCAGAAACCGGCUUCGACUCCUAGUGCCAUCAAUAAUAGCCGUCAGGGCUCUAGCUCCCCCAAGGUACUCACACCUUCGAGUACUGGUGGUCAAGCAUCUAAAACCAAUCCUAGAAGUUCACUAUUGGCAGGCAGCAGGAAAAAGACUCCAAGUAGCGGUAGCGGUUCGAAGAAGCAUUCAAUCCUUUCCUCUAGCCGUAAGCCAACAAGAUUCACCGCAAACAAAGUCGAUAAAUCCGAAGCCGAUGAUUUGUUUGAGCAAUAUGCUAAGGAAGCUGAACAAGAGAAGGUCGAGAAACAGUCGGCUGGCUUCGCUUCUAGCCAAAGAUCGAAACCCACCUACAAAGCAAGCAAAAUCGGCGAGGAGUCAGAAGACAUUUUCCAUUCGACUAAGAAAGACAAUUCUUUCCUGGAUGAUCUAGACGAUAAUGAUGAUUUCAAAGCACCAUCUGGUCCAGUGGAAGAGCUGAAACCGAAGUUCGCUAAAUUGGGUUUCGGCAUGACGAUGAACGACGCGGAUGAGCUGGCAAAACAGCAAAAGGAACAACGUACGGCCAAAACCGGAAUGAACUACACAGGAAAGAUUGCCGCCAAGUACGGGAGUCAAAAGGCCAUUUCGUCCGACCAGCUCUUUGGUCGAGGCUCGUACGAUGAGGAUGCCUCCAACGAAGCCAAACAAAAAUUAAAGAGUUUUGACAAUGCUACUUCCAUCUCUUCUUCGUCGUAUUUCGGCGAGGAAGAAGCUUCACAGACAGAUGAAUUCGGGCGCCAACAGAGUUUCGGCAGCCAAUCGAACAACAACGGCUUUGUCGACUUCCAUUUGGGCAACGAGGACGAUUUGCAAAUACUAAAAGACGCUGUGGAGCAGGGCGCACAGAAGUUGGGAAACUAUCUGAGGGAUUACUUGAGAAAGUAG